CGCUCCCGCCGCCCGCCCGCACCGGCGGCCGCGCGCCUCGCCCCGAAAGCCCUUCCGUUCUGCAUCUUGCCUGGAUUUUUGCGCGCUCGCCCCCGCCGUGCCGGGCAGCAUGGGGCUGCCGGCGCUGGAGUUCAGCGAGUGCUGCCUGGACAGUCCGCAGUUCCGGGAGCGGCUGCGCUUCCACGAGGCCGAGCUGGAGAGGACCAACAAGUUCAUCAAGGAGCUCAUCAAGGACGGGAAGUCGCUCGUCGCCGCCCUCAAGAACCUGUCGGCCGCCAAGCGCAAGUUCGCCGAUUCCCUCAACGAGUUCAAGUUCCGCUGCAUUGGUGACGCUGAGACCGACGAUGAGAUCUGCAUAGCCAAGUCCCUGCAGGAGUUUGCCACGGUGCUGCGGAACCUGGAGGACGAGCGGAUGCGCAUGAUCGAGAACGCCAGCGAGGUGCUGAUCACGCCGCUGGAGAAGUUCCGCAAGGAGCAGAUCGGGGCUGCCAAGGAUGCCAAAAAGAAAUACGACAAGGAGACUGAGAAAUACUGUGGUGUCCUAGAAAAGCACUUGAACUUGUCUUCCAAGAAGAAAGAAUCCCAGCUUCAGGAGGCAGACAGCCAGGUGGACCUGGUUCGGCAGCACUUCUACGAGGUGUCCCUGGAAUAUGUCUUCAAGGUGCAGGAGGUCCAGGAGAGGAAGAUGUUUGAGUUUGUGGAACCUCUGCUGGCCUUUCUGCAGGGGCUCUUCACGUUCUACCACCACGGCUAUGAGCUUGCAAAGGACUUCAGUGAUUUCAAGACAGAGCUGACAAUCAGCAUCCAGAAUACAAGAAACCGCUUUGAAGGAACAAGGUCAGAGGUUGAAGCUUUGAUGAAGAAGAUGAAGGAGAAUCCCCACGAGCACAAAAACAUCAGCCCCUACACCAUGGAGGGCUAUCUCUACGUGCAGGAGAAGCGUCACUUUGGGACUUCCUGGGUGAAGCAUUACUGCACCUACCAGAGGGAAUCCAAGCGCAUCACCAUGGUGCCCUUUGACCAGAAAUCAGGAGGGAAAGGGGGGGAAGAUGAAGCUGUCACCCUGAAAUCCUGCACCCGGCGGAAAACAGACACCAUUGAGAAGAGGUUCUGCUUUGAUGUGGAGGCUGUGGAUCGGCCCGGGGUCAUCACCAUGCAGGCGCUCUCGGAGGAGGACCGGCGGCUCUGGAUGGAGGCCAUGGACGGCCGGGAGCCGGUGUACAACUCCAACAAGGACAACCAGAGCGAAGGCACUGCCCAGCUGGACAGCAUCGGCUUCAGCAUCAUCAAGAAGUGCAUCCACGCUGUGGAAACAAGAGGGAUCAAUGAGCAGGGGCUCUACCGGAUCGUGGGGGUGAACUCCCGGGUGCAGAAGCUGCUGAGCAUCCUGAUGGAUCCCAAGACAGCCACAGAGACAGACACAGAGAUCUGUGCAGAGUGGGAGAUCAAGACCAUUACCAGUGCACUGAAAACGUACCUGAGAAUGCUCCCGGGGCCCCUGAUGAUGUACCAGUUUCAAAGGAGCUUCAUCAAAGCAGCGAAGCUAGAGAAUCAGGAGUCCAGGGUGUCGGAGAUCCACAGCCUCGUUCAUCGGCUCCCAGAGAAAAACAGGCAGAUGCUGCACUUGCUCAUGAACCAUUUGGCAAAAGUUGCAGAUAAUCACAAGCAGAACCUGAUGACUGUUGCUAAUCUGGGUGUGGUGUUUGGGCCGACGCUGCUUCGACCUCAAGAGGAAACCGUGGCUGCCAUUAUGGACAUCAAAUUCCAGAACAUUGUGAUUGAGAUUUUAAUAGAGAACCACGAGAAGAUAUUUAACACGGUGCCAGAGGCUCCGGCGUCGAACUCGCAGCUGCUGUUAUCGCGCAAGAAGAGCACGGAGUCGAAGCCUCCCUCGUGCAGCGAGCGCCCGCUGACGCUGUUCCACACGGCCCAGCCCAACGAGAAGCAGGAGAAUAGGAACAGCAUCAUCAACUCCAGCCUGGAAUCUGUCGUCUCUUCAAAUGCAAACAGCUUCCUCAACUCCAACAGCGCUCCCCAGCCCAGCCUGAACUCGAGUGAUCUUGAACUAGAAGUAAUUAAGCCCAACAGGCCAAAUUCCCUGAAGAGCCCCUCGCAAAGCCCUCCUGAGUAAGAAGAAGAAAAAAACGUCCAGCUGACAUUUGCUGCCUGCAGGCAGCUGCCAGAACUUCCCCUCAGCCUCUCACCAUCUCUGCUCUUUUUGUGAGAAACAAAGGAAAUUGGAUCCUACAAGAAAACUGCUUUCCAAAACGCCAGAGACCUCGGGAUAGCCCGUUCCCUCCUGUGUACUGACAUCUCCAGCAAGGCAGGACUUGGGUCUGGCAGUCACAAAAGCUCAGGAAGGUGAAACUCAAGCAGCAGCUUGAAAAUAAAUACCUGUGUUUCAUGGGAGGGAGGUGAACCCUUCAUACCCAUCAUACCCCAGGGUCUGUCGGUGCUGGGCAGCAGCUCUGGUGAGUCCUGAGCUGUCCAUGGGUUCUUCUUGAGGAAAUGUUCUGGAAGGACUUGCAGAGCAGCUUGGUCACCAUAGGACCAUGUUCAUCUCCUCUGUGAGCACCCGAUGGGUGCUCUGCACACCCCAAUGCACACACUGGAAUUAGUGACCCGCUCUCUCUGUGGGUUUGCUGGGCACAGAGUGUUUUCUGUGGCACCAAGGAUCCAAAGACACCAAAAUUCUGCUCCAAACUACUGGUAACUUCUCAGGCAGAGGCUGGGCCAAUUUCAGGCUUUUUUCCCUGAUAAUUCUGAGAUCCUGCUGGUCGCAUUCCCCGCUGGCAUGAGCGGAGCAGGCACACAGUGGUGGAGCAGUGACAGCGCCUUGAGGAGAAAUGAGAGCUGCAUUCUUUUGCCAUGAUUUCAUCUCAAAAAGUGCAGUAGCAAUUUCCAGUCCUGGAGCCCUCUGUCACUGGAUUUUCCUUCCUUUGUGCAAUGGAGAGGACCAGGGCUGGUGGCAGACACUGUGCCCAUCCUGUGCUGGCACACCCAGUGCCAUGUCACAGUGCCCAUCCCAUCACUGGCACACCAGUGCCAUGUCACGGUGCCCAUCCUGUGCUGGCACACCCAGUGCCAUGGCCUCUUGCACCUCGAGCCUGCUGCCCACAGCCACAGUGCUGAGAGGGUUGGUGGGUGUUGGUGGCCACUCUCAGCAGGACAGGCUCAGCCACAUUUUGGUCACCAGCUCAUUGCCCCUCCUAGUCCCACCUUGGGCAGGCUCCUCUUGGAGAAGGGGAAUUGCUAAGCUAUCACUUUGAAAGAAGUGGUGUUUAAAGGGUUAAUUUUGGCAGUUUGGGAUUAUUUGUGACCUUGGUAGCACCUCCCAUUAGGGGGUGGGGAUAGAUGGAGCAUCUGGUAAGUACCAAUGGCUAUCAGGUUUGGUAAAGACCAAGGAAAGCUCAUUUUUCAAAAGAUGGACAGUUUUUAUGAUAGAAUGCUGAAGGAUUGUUUUAAAUAGUGAUGGUUAUUAGCAGAACAUUUGGAGGAUCUCGUUGAUAGCCUGCCUGACAGCAUUCCAUGUUUUCCAGCCUCUGGUGAAGUCAUGCUGCACACGCUGCUGUAUCCAUUUCUCUAUAUGUGUAAUCUUCUGACAUAAUAAAGGUGUUGCCUGUAAUUUCAGAGGGAAUUAAUCAGUGUCUGUUGAAUCCAGUGACACAGCUUCUGCAAGGAGUCCAGCCAAGAGUUUGGCCUUAAGCAGAGGUGGUCCAAUUUCCAUGGGGAAAGCAUCCAUGUCAUAAAUAUCCCCCUGUGGUGGCAGCCAGAGGACACUGGGCAAGGUUAAACCUUGGUCUGAGCUCCUGCAGGGCUGAGGUUCUCCACGUGUUCUGGAGCCACCAUUCCCUGAAUCCCUUCCCUCUACCCCAGGAGGCCCCAGCUGAGGGAUAAGGACACAAUUCUGGGGGUUGUGCCCUGUCCCCACCUCAUCAGACCUGUGUGAUCAGAGGUACUGUCCCUCUCUCAAGGAGGAAACAUAAGUCAAGAUGCUUUUACAAAACUUUUUGUUUUUACAGAGGCACUUGCAGUGUGGAGAGAGAUUUCUGGUGUUUUAUCAGGGAUGGAGUUUCUAAUCUGAAUUGGAUAGGGAAUACCAAUGAGUGCUAAGCAGAGAAGCAGUAAAUUAAUCACGCUGGUAUUUUGGUACAAUAAUUGCUUUUUGGUGAACUUGAGAAUGACCUGAAUUGAACAGUUUGGAAGGACCCAAAAACUUCUGUGUGCAAUUACCAGUUCAGUAACUCGACUCAGCUCCAGUUGACAGCUGUGGCUUCAGGAAUCAUCACGAGGGGAAAAAGGGAUGUAAAAACACGGAGAACAAAAUCAAUGCCAUUUUUAUACACUGAAUGUGUGAGCACCACAAGUGACAGACAGAGGGGGUGGAGGCUGCUCGCAGGCAUCAUUAACGACCAGAAAUACCAGCAGCUCUUUCUGGGAGCUCUGGGGGAAGCACAGGCAGGUAAGUGGCUGUGCUGCAGCACACAGGGUGCCAGGUGCCAUGGAUGGGCAAUGGAGUGGGGUUUGACUGGAAGAUCCAGCUCUUGUUGUCCAGAUGAAUGCAGACUCAGCCUUGAAACACUCCCCAAGGUCUUGGCACCUCAUUCUGUAGCUGUGUCUCACGCUCAGAAUAUCCCCAAGGCACUCGCUAUCGUCGGCUGCCGUCUGUGUGUCUCUCGGUUGCUGUUUGUUGCUGUGCUGGCACGUUGAUAAGGUCUCUGGUUAUGU